UUAGUAUGCAUAAAUAACCGAGGGCAUCAUCAUUAUACUAAGUCUUAUAAAAGGAGAUGCAAACCUCAAUCUCCAUAACUGGUAGAUAGAGCAGUUGCACAUUUGAACAUUCUUACACUCUCAUUUUCUCUCCACGUGAACCUCUCCGAAACCAUUACACUUUCUCAUCCACACACAAAACCCCCAUGGCGGUCAAGAAGAAGAUGAGAUGGCAGCAAUACUUUCCCAACUGUUUCAGGGCCGACGGUCCCGGGCCCGGCCCGAUCCCGAUCCCGGACCAGAAGAAGCCCGUAUCGAACCAAUCAUCUUCCAUCCCGAGGAUUUCGUUGUCCGACUUGAGCAGUUCAACCCUUUCUGAGGAUCUGUCCAUUUCUUUGGCAGGUUCCAAUCUGCAUGUUUUUACUCUCCAGGAGCUGAAGGUGAUAACUCAGCACUUUUCGUCCUCUAACUUUUUAGGAGAAGGUGGGUUCGGGCCUGUUCACAAGGGAUUCAUUGACGACAAGCUCAGACCCGGGUUGAAGGCUCAGCCCGUCGCUGUCAAGCUCCUGGAUUUGGAUGGCUCACAAGGGCACAGAGAAUGGCUGACGGAAGUGAUAUUUCUUGGUCAAUUAAGACACGCGCAUUUGGUGAAGCUGAUUGGGUACUGUUGCGAAGAAGAACACAGGCUUCUGGUAUAUGAAUACAUGCCCAGAGGCAGCCUCGAAAAUCAGCUCUUCAGAAGAUUUUCAGUUUCACUUCCAUGGGCAGCAAGGAUGAAGAUUGCUCUUGGAGCAGCGAAAGGGCUUGCAUUCCUCCACGAAGCUGAAAAGCCUGUAAUAUAUCGCGAUUUUAAGGGUUCAAACAUUCUGCUCGACUCGGAUUACACGGCCAAGCUGUCCGACUUUGGCCUAGCUAAAGACGGCCCAGAAGGAGACGACACGCACGUCUCCACACGAGUUAUGGGCACGCAUGGUUAUGCUGCACCCGAGUACGUCAUGACAGGGCAUUUGACAGCGGCAAGCGAUGUAUACAGCUUUGGAGUGGUACUCUUGGAGCUUCUAACGGGCCGAAAAUCAGUAGACAAGAGCCGUCCCCACAGAGAGCAGAACCUUGUGGAGUGGGCGAGGCCGAUGCUGAAGAAUCCCCGGAAGCUGAGCCGGGUAAUGGAUCCAAGACUUGAGGGCCAAUACCCUGAAAUAGGGGCUCAAAAUGCAGCAGCAUUGGCAUAUCAAUGCUUAAGCCAUCGGCCUAAACUCAGGCCGACGAUGAAUGAAGUGAUCAAAGUCUUGGAGCCCUUGAAGGACCUUAACGACAUUCAAGUAGGCACAUUCGUGUUUGCAGUUUCAACAGACAGCGAUUCGCAGAAGGAAUUUUCAAGGGAAUCUAGAAAAGAGAGCAACGGUCAGUACCACCAGAGGCAUAGACUCCAUGAGGGCCAUAAGCACCGGGCCAAAUCUCCAAUCACCGGUGCACCACGGAUUGAAGAGGGCAUAAACGGAUAAAACUGUAAAUCCAAACUGCUGUAUAUACACACACAAAGAUUCGACCAGCAUUGGUUCUGGUCGUGUAGAGCGACAACGUUUCGCUAUAGGCGCAUUUUUUGGUUUCGUUUCGGUUUUGGUUCAUAUACACAUUUGUCUUUCUUUUUUCAACUGUAAUUGGAACGAAUCAUAAACAGAGAAUCCAUU